AUGAUCCGCGCGGCGGCCGCGACGGACAAGAGCCACGACACGGAGGUCGUGGUCAUCGGCGCGGGCAUCGGCGGCCUGUGCGCGGGCGCCCUCCUCGCCAAGUACGGCAAAAAAGUCACCGUGGUCGAGGCGCACGACGUCCCGGGCGGCGCGGCGCACAGCUGGCACCGCGACGGGUUCACGUUCGAAUCCGGCCCGUCCCUCUACAGCGGCAUGUCCAGGUGGCCCACCACGAACCCGUGCGGUCAGGUUUUACACGCCCUGGACGAACCCCUGGAGUGCGUGUACUACAACACCUGGAUGUGCCACCUGCCGGAGGGAUCCUUCCUGACCGAGGUGGGCAACGAUCAGUUCAUCGACGUGCUGGAAAAGUACGUCGAUGACGUCGACGGCAUCAACGCCGCGGACGAGUGGAGGCGGCUGAAGGAGCUCAUGAAGCCCCUCGCGGGGGCGUCCGCGGCGCUGCCGCCCUCCGCGGUGCGCACCGACCCGUUCGCGGCCGUCACCCUCGCGCGGUUCGUCCCCGGUCUGCUCAAAGCCGCGCCCGUGCUCCCGGAGAUCAUGGCGCCGUAUUCCAAGUUUUUGGACAAGAACGAGAUUAAGCACCCGUUCAUUCGCAACUGGAUGGAGGUCCUGUGCUUCCUGCUCUCGGGGGCUCCCGCGACCGGAACGCUCGCGGCGGAGAUUGGGUACAUGUUCGACGACUGGUACAGGCCCAACAGCACGCUGGAGUUCCCGGUGGGAGGUUCCGAGGCCAUCGUCGGCGCGUUGGUGCGCGGGUUGGAGAAAAACGGAGGGCGCCUGAUGCUCAAGUCGAGGGUCGAGGAGAUCCUCGUGACGAACGGGCGCGCGUCGGGGAUCAAACUGCGGGGCGGCGCGGUGAUCAACGCGUCCGCCGCGGUCAUCAGCAACGCCACCGUGUGGGAUACCCUGCCCAUGCUCCCGGAGGCGGCCAAGGCGGGCGAGCACUGCGGCGAGGACGAGGCCAAGCGAUCCGCGACGCGGGAGUGGGUGAAGAAGUGCGAGGAUACCGAGAUGUGCGAGUCGUUCAUGCACCUGCACCUGGGCAUCGACGCGAGCGGUUUGCCGGACGACCUCGAGAUUCACCACAUAUACGUCGAGGACUGGUCAGCGGGGGUGACGGCGCCGCAGAACAUGGUGCUAGUGUCCAUCGCGUCGGUGCUCGACCCUUCCCUCGCGCCCGAGGGUAAGCACGUCAUUCAUGCGUACACCCCGGGUAACGAACCUCUGGACAUCUGGGACGGUCUGGACAGGAACAGCGACGAGUACAAGAGGCUCAAGGAGGAACGUUCGCAGGUGCUGUGGCGGGCGGUGGAGAAGGCCAUCCCGGACGUGAGGAAGCGUGUGGAGAUGUCGUUCGUCGGCACCCCCCUGACGCAGAAGCGGUUUCAGCGGCGGCACCGGGGGACGUACGGCGGCACCGGUUGGAUCACGCCCGAGACGGAUACCGUUCCGAUCACCACCGCGUCCACGCCCAUCGACGGGUUGCUGUGCGUCGGGGACAGCAACUUCCCCGGGCCGGGGGUGCCGUCGGUAGCGGCGCACGGGUGGAGCGCUGCGCACGAGCUCACGUCCUUCUGGGAGCAGUGCAAGAUGCUGGACAAGGUUGCGCCGUGAUGGGAGAAAACUUUGAUUGAUUUUUUGACUCGAGCCUUCUUACACGUCGCG